UUGCUCCGCCGCAUCCGCACAAAGCGCAACACGCGGCCACAGGCCACAAGCCCCCGACGCCUCCACCUUCCCCGUGCCGCCGCGAGCGUCCUCACUCAGCCCCCCAGCACCGCCUCAGCACGGGCGCCGCCGCCGCCGCCGCCCGGUCCCGCCCUCCCGCCUCCGCCUCCGCCGCCCCCAUGGCCGCCAAGUGGGCCCAGAAGACCGUCGUCAUCCCCGCGCAGCGCCGCGGCUGCCACCUCAUCACCCCCAAGAUUCUGAGGGAGAUCGAGGGCGACCUGUCCGGGUUCAAGUGCGGGCUCGCUCAUUUCUUCCUGCAGCACACAAGCGCUUCCCUGACCAUCAAUGAGAACUAUGACUCUGAUGUGCAGGCUGACACUGAAACUUUUCUUAACAGAAUUGUCCCAGAGGGCCACAAUGCUCCUUGGAAGCACACUAUGGAAGGUCGUCCCCCUCAAGUUGUAGCUCGAGGAGGAUUCUCUGGCUUGUUUCCUGACUCGAGCCAGUUUGCCUACCAGUUUGCUUUGUCGACCAGCUUGCCUGACGUUGUUCUCUUCUGCGAUCUGCAAUUCUCAAAGGACAGCAUGGGCAUGUGCAAAACAGGGUUGACCCUUGACAACUCGACGACAGUCUCGGAGAUCUUCCCCAAGAUGGCAAAGACAUAUAAGGUGCACGGAGAAGAUGUCCAUGGCUGGUUCUCUCUUGAUUUCACCGCAGACCAGCUGAUUCAGAACGUCACGUUGAUCCAGAACAUCUUUUCUCGACCAAGCACAUUUGAUGGCUCCAUGGGAAUGUACACGCUUGAUGAUGUUGUUGAACUCCGCCCCCAACAAAUAUGGCUUAAUGUACAGUACAAUUCAUUCUUUGUGGAGCACAAAUUAAGUACCGAAGAUUACAUAUUAGGAUUACCAAAAGAGUUUAGCCUCUCUUACAUCUCCUCGACAGAGAUUGAUUUCCUAAAAAACCUGGGUGGGAAACUCAAGAAGAGCAAUACAAAGCUCAUCUUCCGGUGCCUCAACGAAGAUGUCAUUGAGUCCUCAACCAAGAAGACGUAUGGGGAGCUCCUGAAAGACCUGAAAACCGUUAAGGAAUUUGCAGCUGGGAUUCUUGUCCCCAAGACUUACAUCUGGCCACUGAACAAGGAUCAGUACCUGGAACCAUCCACAAGUUUGGUCAAAGACGCGCAUGCUCUGGGGCUGGAAGUCUACGCGUCUGGAUUUGCCAAUGAUAUCGUUACGAGUUACAACUACAGCUAUGAUCCCAGUGCAGAGUACUUGCAGUUCAUAGACAAUCAGGACUUCUCUGUCGACGGCGUGCUCACGGACUUCCCGCCCACCGCAUCUGGAGCAAUUGCUUGCUUGGCUCAUUCUAAGGACAACCCUCUACCACCUCCUGGAAGUAAGCUAUUGAUGUUCACUGUCACGCCGUCUUAUCAUCAUCCUUUGUACUUAUUCCCCUCUACCAAUGCAGAGGACACCAGGCCGCUGAUCAUCACCCACAAUGGGGCGAGCGGUGUCUAUGCCGGGUGCACAGAUCUCGCCUACAAGCAAGCGAUCAGAGAUGGCGCCGACAUCAUAGAUUGCAACGUUCAGAUGUCAAAAGACGGAGUGGUCUUCUGCAUGCACUCUGCCGAUCUCUCUUCCCAGACGACCGCGGCGACGGCUUUCGUGUCCAAAAGCUCCACUGUUCAUGAGAUUCAGAACAAGUCUGGCAUCUUCUCGUUCGAUCUGUCAUGGAGUGAGAUCCAAACCUUGAAGCCCGACCUGUUCUCUCCGUUUGCUCAGGCAGGCCUGAAAAGAAAUCCCAAAGCGAAGAAUGCCGGCAAGUUCUUGACUUUGGCCCAAUUCCUAGACAUGGCCAAGGCCAGCAACGUCUCCGGUAUACUGCUGGAAGUAGAGCAUGCCCCGUACCUCGCCAAGAGAGGGCUCGGCGUGGUGGACGCGGUGUCCAGCGCGCUGACCAAGGCCGGCUACGACAAGGAGACCAAGCAGCAGGUGUUCAUCCAGUCCGACGACUCGGCGGUGCUCUCAGGGUUCACCAAGUUCAAAUCGUUCAAGCGGGUGCUCAGCAUCGAGAUCGAGAUCAGCGGCGCCUCCAAGCCGUCGCUGGAUGACAUCAAGAAGGUCGCCGACGGGGUGAGGAUCCACCGGAGCUCCGUGGCGCAGAUCACCGGGUACUUCAUGACGUCCUUCACCGACACCGUCGGCAGCCUGCAGGCCGCCAACCUCACCGUGUUCAUCGGCGUGCUCAAGAACGAGUUCAUGAACCUUGGCUUCGACUUCUUCGCUGACCCGACGGUCGAGAUCGUCACCUACUCCUCGGCAGUGCUGGCUGAUGGGCUCGUCACCGACUACCCUGCCACUGCAGCUUCAUACUUCAGGAGUCCAUGCAGUGACAUGAGCCUGAACCUGAGCUACUCGAUCCUCCCAGCACAACCUGGCGCCCUGGUCCACAUCGCCGCCCCUGGGGCGCUGGCACCGGCGGCAGGGCCGGCGCCGGUGCUCGAGCCCAAGGACGUCGUGGACCCUCCGCUGCCGCCUGUCAAAGCUAUGUCCAGGGCAGAACCUUCUCCAGCUGGGGAAGAUGCAAAUGAGAUUAUUGAUGCAGUGGAAGUAGUAUCUACCACCCCAGGCGCUUCGUUCCUUGCUAAAGCGGCAGUUGCUAUCGGUAUUGCGGCCACCAUUACUGUGAUUUCACUCAUCAUGAAGCAGCCUUCAUCAUGCCCAUCUUUCAGUCUGCCACAAAUAGUUGAUGCUUCCGCGCAGUCUGAUGCAGCAGCAGCGACCAUUGGAUAUACAUUUUCUGCAUUUGGGAAGAAAGUCUUAAUUCCGGAGUACACACCAGGGUGGGUUUACUUUUGUUUGCUUAUGGCUGCUGGAUUUGGACUGUUUAUCAGUGAAGAAGCUUUAAAUGUUUGGGCUGGAAUUUCUUUAGCACGUACACUUUCAUUGGAUGGAACCUGGCAAUCUCUUGUUAAUUCGUUCUCGGCGAAUGCACCUUAUAUAGUUUCUACAGUGCUAUGGAUUUACUGGGGCGUUUGUAUCAGCGAUAUGAUCCCAUUCUUUCUGGGGAAGCUUUUUAGGAAAACUAAAGCAUCUGAAAACAUAAGCAGCAAGAUUGGAAUUGGCAAGGAGAAAGUACUGAGCGUAUCACGAGCAGUACAAAAGUAUGGGAACCUAAUUGGCUUCGUUGAGAGAUUUUCAAUCGGUCUACGGAACCCCACAGCAUUUCUAGCUGGCACAUUGGGUAUCCCAGCAGACUGCUACUUCGCAGGAGUUUGUUGCGGUUGCCUGUUUACUCUUCCUAUUCAGCUAGCAGUUGGGUUCGUCCUCCGAGAGCGGCCUGUCGUCGCACUAGCAAGCGUCGCAGCCGCCGUGGGCGUCUGCACGGCGUUCCCUUACGCCGCCGCCGCGUGCACGGCGCUGUUCCUCUACCUCCGCCGCCGGCGCGAGUCCAGCAGCUGAGAGUGCGGCGAUCCUUUCCGUGGCGGGUCGGCAACUGGACACCUUGCCUUUUUCUUUUCACCACCAACCCUUGUACAUCCUUGUACAACUUGAAACUUCUUUGGCUGAGUAGCUGGGCAUUCCGUUUGUGUUUAAAAGGCUUGUGCAUCUUUGUAAUCUCUUUCUGUCUCCGAUCAAUUGCGUUGAUCAUUGUAAACAUCCCACCCUUUCUUUCUGAUGAAGUAGGGAUUUUUGAUGAGCCCUUGUUUGAAUGUAAGAAUACGAAUUUUGUUGACCUUUACAUGAACUGAAACGAAAGUGUCUUGAACAAAGCUCUUAUAAA